UUUCAAAUCAUACGGAUGGAAUUUUAAGAACAAUUGUCGGUGCCGCUGAUCGGAAAUGGUUUUAUUUCCAACGAUCUUUAGUGAUGCUGAAAUGCGUGUGAUUAUGUAAAAGUUCUGUGGCAGCUUUAUUUGUGCGAGGUGCAAUGGAUAAAACGAAAUUGUUAACUAUACUGAUUGCAAGCGCCCUCUGUCAAACGUGUCGGGCCGGUCGAAUAGCCUUCCCAGAAAGCCGACAAUCAUCACCUGCUUCAAAAGACCAGUCCCAAGCCCAAGCCAGAAGUCUGAACGUUGCCCCUUCAGCGUCUUCCCGACAGGAAGAGUUCGAAGGUCGCAGCUAUCGAGGAGGUUACAGUCAAUCGGCCGGUAAACGACCCGACUACAGUCGCUACAGUGUCUAUGAACACGAGGAUGACUACGCACGUCCUUCAACGACGUACUAUGCGACAUCUACGACGGCACGGCCUUAUACCAGUAUUGCCACAACUCGACAAGCCUACAAUAGGCAGCCGAACGCAUACUUCAAUCGACUUCCACCGGCAAAGAAUGACGAUCCGAUUGAAGCGGAAGAUGAUUACAGUGACGAGGAAGACGUUGAAGAAGCUCCCGAUCCACCGAGUAGUCCGGCAAGCUCGUCUGCAGCAGAUUACAGUAGCAGCAGUAAUGGUGGGUACGGUGGAAAGCCAGUGGAGUUCAACAAUAUCUUUUACGGGUUGAACGAUAAGUUUGGAGGUUUGAAUUUAGGGAAUUUAUUCGGAGAAAAUCGUACAAAACACAAGUUUAAGUUCAAACGACGGAAACCUGGACAACCUUGCAUUCCUUAUGAUGUGUUCAACCGACUACGAAACGGAAGGGACGCUAGCGGGAAUCGCAUCGAACCGAAGACGCUGUAUCCUCCGUUGAGUUUAGUUCUUGCGGACGUUAACUACUACAGUCCACAGAACCACUACAACGGACAUGGGGGAGCCUCGGAUACGGGAAGUGGAGCAACGUUCAACAACCACUACUACGACGCUGUAGGUGGUUAUCCUUGUGUUGGAGUUAACUUUGGCCACAAACCACAUCGGCCAUUCCGACCUCACGGUGGCCCUCUAGGGUUUUUCGGUCAGGGCGGCCUUUUCGAUUGGACGACCUCCAAUGAUGCCGUCCAGAGUGACACUGGAGAAGACGACGGCACAACAACCGGCGGCACCGGCACUAAACCGCAAGUGGUGUUCAACCUGAACGAUGCCAUUGAUACAGUGGCAACCAAUUGGAAACCAGGCCAGGGAUUUCAGUCGAUGAUGCAGGUGCUGGCUGAGUUCAUAACGUCGGUCGCUGGGGGUGCUCCAAUUGCAGCCGGGGAUGUUGUUGGAGAUGCUGUUGAUACAGUGAGGAAAGUGAAUAAGGAGUUUACUAGUUUGUUUACCGGUUAGUUUUUAGAGCAUUAACGAAUGAUGUACAAAACGAACGAAAUGAGUAAAUUAAUUGUUGAAACUAAUAUUAGAUAAGUGUCUGUUGAGAUUAACUU